UUGCUCUGACUAACUCCUUCUGGUGGUGCCCGCCCAUCUCUUUUGUCACAGUGACUGAGAGAAGAGCGAUGGGAAACUGAUAAUUCAGAGCAAGACACCCGAGCCGCAGCUUUCGGUCCGGGGGGGGCGCAAGCACCAGCAGACUCGGGCGGACUACCAGACCUGGUGGCCUAAUCCAAGACUGAACCCAAACCAGUGACAGACUGAAAACCAUGACGGCCAUCAAUGCACCUCAGGACAAAUACCACGCAGUAUGGAUUAUUUUCUUCAUCCUGGGUUUGGGAACCCUCCUACCAUGGAAUUUCUUCAUGACGGCAACAGUGUACUUCACAAGCCGGCUGAAGGAGCCCUCGGCCAACCACACCAACGGCACCUCAGAGCGAACUCUGCUGGAAUCAAAGUUCAACAACGUCAUGACGCUGUGUGCCAUGGUGCCUCUGCUCAUUUUCACCUGCCUCAACUCCUUCCUACACCAAAGGAUCCCUCAGAAGCUGCGUAUCUCAGGCAGCUUGACCGCCAUCUUCGUAGUUUUCAUGCUGACAGCUAUCCUGGUCAAAGUGGAGAUGGAACCGCUGCCCUUCUUCACCCUCACUAUGAUUAAAAUUGUCUGCAUCAACUCGUUCGGAGCCAUUCUUCAGAGCAGCCUGUUUGGGCUCACAGGGAUUCUGCCCGCCUCCUACACCACGCCCAUUAUGAGCGGACAGGGGCUGGCUGGCACCUUCGCUGCCUUCUCCAUGAUCUGCGCCCUGGCCACUGGAUCAGAACUGCAGGACAGUGCUUUUGGUUACUUCAUCACAGCCUGUGUUGUUAUUCUUCUGGCCAUAGCUUCGUACUUCAUGCUGCCCAAGAUGGAGUUCUUCCAGUACUACAUGGAGAGUAAUAGAUCGGGUCCAUCUGCUGAUGAGGAGAACAAGAUGGAUCUACUGAAGAAAGAAAACCAAGAGGCGAACCCGUCGGGCAUGAAUCUGACGGAGGAGGAGACCAGUGCCGGCCGUUCUGUCUUCAACAUCUUCAAACAGAUCUGGGUGACGGCUCUGUCCGUCUGCUUCAUCUUCACCGUCACCAUUGGAACGUUCCCAGCCGUGACCGUCGAUGUCAAGUCCACGGUAGCCAACGGCGGCAGCUGGGAAACGUACUUCAUCCCCGUGUCGUGUUUCCUCCUCUUCAACGUGAUGGACUGGGCUGGCAGGAGUCUGACGGCCGUCUGCAUGUGGCCGGGUAAGAACAGCAUCGGUCUUCCUGUCCUGUGUGGCCUCAGGGUGAUCUUCAUCCCGCUCUUCAUGCUCUGCAACGUCCAGCCUCGGUACAACUUCGCCGUGGUGUUUUCUCACGACGCUUGGUACAUCAUCUUCAUGAUCCUGUUCUCCUUCUCCAACGGAUACCUGGCCAGCCUCUGCAUGUGCUACGGACCCAAGAAGGUGCCACAGCAUCAGGCGGAGACGGCAGGCGCCAUCAUGGCCUUCUUCCUGUCCCUCGGCUUGGCGCUGGGCGCUGCUAUCUCCUUUGCGUUCCGGGCCAUGAUCUAAACCCUGAAAUUGAUGUCCGUCAGACCGCCUCCCCCCUCGUCCCCACGACUUAUCCCCAGCUCGUCCGCGUGGAGAUAAAACCGGAGAAGACUAGAGCCGCUCGGUCUUCCACGGGUUUUAGCAGGGACUCAUCCUGCCAACAAGAACUAAAAUGGGUCAAUUUAAUGUUUUUAUUUUAUUUUUUUUACUCUAUAUUCAGGAAAUUCAUUUCAUCUAAACCAAAUGUGUCACAAAAGUUCUAGAGGAUACGGACGGAUGUUUCGAGUAGUUCCCCUGAUGCAGCAUGUGCCAUCCUGUUCAUGACAACGUGGAAGUGGGGGGGGAUCAUGCAAAUGCUACAGAGCAAUAAUGCUUUUAUAACCUUUUAAAAUCCUUCAUAUUGAACUUUCAAGUAUGACAGAAACCUCAUUUAAGGCAUUCAGAUAGCGUCUGAUCACGGCUGUAUAAAUGUUGUAUAAUGCUGAGAGUCGGUGCUCUUCAACUUCGAUAUUUAUAACCAGUAUAUAUAAUUUUUAAGCUAAAUGAUGGUCUGACAGAUGUUUCACUUGAUGCUGGAGCGUUGGCUCAUUAAGAGUAAGCCAAAUACACAAAGACAGCACGGGAACACGAUGAACUCUGAAGGGAAGCUUCGGCACCACUCAGCUCCAUCACGCUCGUCUCCAUUUAGGCUUCCUUGUAACAAAUAAGAGCAGCAAAAACCAUGUAGAUUCAUUUCAUCCUCAAGAUUGUGCUUCCCCUCCCCCCAGUAAGCAGUGUUGUGGGUUCAGUGUUAGGUUUAGAUCACAGUUGCACCUGUUUGGAUCUGACAUCAUUUUUGACUUAAAUGGGAAUUGUUUUUCAUUCAAAUCUUAAGCCCGCAAUGUAUUUUAUUUUGUAUCGUUACACAAAUCAUAUAUUGUUUUUAUGGUCAAUGCAACAUGACAACGAAUGAAUGCAAAAUACCAUGCAGCUAUUUGUGACAUGAAAACUUAAAAGAUUUAAAAAAGCGAUCAAACUUAAAAAAAAGUUGGGAAGUGUGCCAUAUGUUAUGCUUCAUUUAAAAUUAGGUUUUUAUACAAGCAAUACUUUGUCUUCCAAAUAAUAGGCCGGUCAGUGUUAUUUUUGUUAGAAUCUACUGGUCUUUUUUUUUUAAGUCGGCUUUAAUUGUACAGUAGUGACCAGGUAUAGACCACCGGUUGUACACAUUUCAACAACCAGCUUUAAAAGCGCGGUGUAGGUGUCUGUGUUUCAUAGCUAUAGGCUUCUUUACAGUAUUGCUUCACGUGAGAGAAAUAAAUGUACUUUUUCAAAAA